CCCACAGUACUAGGUCUCCGGAUGUACAGCGAUGGGAGAAUGGACUAUAUUAGAAAGACUUUUGGAGGCAGCUGUGCAACAGCACAGUACUAUGAUAGGAAGGAUUCUGCUGACCGUGGUUGUGAUCUUCAGGAUUCUUAUUGUAGCCAUCGUUGGGGAAACUGUUUAUGAUGAUGAGCAGACCAUGUUUGUCUGCAACACUCUCCAGCCAGGAUGUAACCAAGCAUGCUAUGACAAGGCUUUUCCAAUCUCUCACAUAAGGUACUGGGUUUUCCAGAUUAUCAUGGUUUGCACGCCAAGCCUCUGUUUUAUCACCUACUCAGUUCACCAGUCUGCCAAGCAGAAGGAGAGGCGAUACUCAACUGUCUUUCUCACCCUGGAAAGAGAGCAGGACACUGUAAAACGGGAGGAUAGCAAGAAGAUUAAAAAUACUCUUGUUAAUGGAGUAUUACAGAACACAGAGAACUCCACUAAAGAGAAUGAACCUGACUGUUUGGAGAUCAAAGAAAUCCCUAACCCAGCUAUUAAAGCCCCCAAGUCCAAGUUAAAGCGUCAGGAAGGAAUCUCUAGGUUUUACAUCAUCCAGGUGGUCUUCAGAAAUGCUUUAGAGAUUGGUUUCAUAGUGGGACAAUAUUUCCUUUAUGGAUUCAAUGUCCCCUCAAUGUAUGAAUGUGACAGGUAUCCUUGUAUUAAAGAAGUGGAAUGCUAUGUGUCCAGACCCACUGAAAAAACAGUUUUCCUGGUUUUCAUGUUCGCUGUCAGUGGCCUCUGUGUUGUACUUAAUUUGGCUGAGCUUAACCACCUGGGCUGGAGAAAGAUCAAGUUGGCAGUCAGGGGAGUGCAGGCCAAGAGGAAAUCCAUCUACGAAAUCAGGAAUAAAGACUUGCCCAGAAUGGGGGUGCCUAAUUUCGGCAGGACUCAGUCCAGUGACUCAGCCUAUGUUUGA